AGCGAUCCCUUGCGACCCCUGUGGUAGCGGCAGCGUCAAGGCUUCGCUGUUUGUAUCGCGCGCCGCCCAGCGCCCUCUCUGAGGCGCUCCUGACCAGGUCGACCGUCCGCCCUCAGCCAGGUCAGCCCAGACUUGUGACAUGAGUGCCCACAGUAAGGCGUCUGGUUUUAGCGACCGUAUUUCCCUGAGGAGCAGGGAGCAGGAGGACCCUGGAGGCCCCGGAACCCCGCGGUCACGUGUCCUAGGCUUGGAUUUGAUUCCGGCGGGAAGCGGCGAAGGCCAAGGCCAGGGCCAGAACCGGGGCAGGGGCAGAGGGGAGAGCGGGCCCUCAAGCCUGCAGGCCCUCAAGCGGCAGUUGGAGUCGGAAUCUGAGUCUGAGUCGCAGCUGGAAAUGUUCCAGGAGGGCGCGGCGGUGCUUCGGGACUGCGAGGCCCGGCCUAAGUCGCCCACCACCGACAGGCAGGGCGCUGUGGGGCCAGCGGUCCAGUUUGCUGAGGCGUGUGCUGCCAUCCUGGAGCCGCUGAGUGUUAGCAUGGCGCGUGGACUUCCGGGAGUAGGAAGAGGCGCCACCGAAGCGGCCGCCGCUUGGGCCCCUGUCAAGGCAAGCAUCAGCGGUAGAGGCGGGUUGGGCCUGAGCUGUGCAGAGUCCCUGCAGCGUUCUGCUGCCCCUCGGCCAGUGAGUGCCUUCAGGAAAGGCCGAGACCAGGGCCACAGCAAGACAAGAAGCGCCAGACGCCGCCUGAUAUUCACCACGGAUGAGCAGCGCACUGGCACGAAAGGCUGGCUCCAGCUGCCUUCUGACUCAGAGUCCUCGGAUGAGUUCUGGGACGUGCAGCCCUUGAGGGUGAGCCCUCGCCUGGAAAGAAGAGACCGGACCAAGGACCACAGCUCUGAGGAACCGCCAGAGAGCCCCAUAGCCUCGACUUCCCAUGGCGGGGAGAAUUUCCCUCACAUUUCAGUCCCUUUCUUAACCUCUACUCUCCAGGGACUCACUAAGGCCAUGGAAAUGCAGGGGAUGGGAGAGCUGGGUCCCUCUUCAUCGAAAAAAGUGUUCAGUGGGUUGCCUGGGAAGAGAGGGGGUAGCCCCACCCACCCAGGAGUUCCUGCUGCUCCUGCAGGAAGCCUGCCCCAAGCCACUUCUAGGAAGAAGGAAGCAAAAGAGAAGAAACCCCUAGUGGUUUGUCCCGAGUUUGUCCUGGGGUCAGCCUUUGCUCCAUGGGGCCAGAGAGCAUCAGCAGCUCCAGGGUAUCCAGUCACCUUCCCUAAAAUCCCUGGCAUUUCACUGCUUGAGGAGCCGGAUACAUCUUUCUCGCUCCCUUGGGUGCACAAGCAGUCCCAGCAGGGUGACACUGGGAAGGACUCUGCAGCCAGGAGGAAGUCCCAGCCUGUGGCUGCAGAUCGUGGCCCAGACAGAGAUCCAGACUCAGGGGCUCAAUUUCCAGCAGAUAAACCAGGGACACCUUGCAAGUAUGUGCCUGGUGGAGAAUUCAGCAGUGGAGAACGUAACAGAAGACAGCUCCAAGAUUCAGAAAACUUGGAGGCUUCGUCCCUGAGUCAGGGCAGUGUCACACCCAGAGGCCCUGCACUCUCCAAUGACCAGGAACCACCUGUCCGUCCUCGGAGACCAGCAAGGCAGCAGUUACCACCUGGAAUAGAGGGCUGUUCUCGGCGUACCAUGCUGCAGAAGGAAGUACAUGACCUUCGGGAACAACUAGCGGUGGUACGGUCCCUCACUGAGAAGUUCCGGAAGCUGUGAAGUGGGACCCAGCAUCUUCUACCAGACAAGCAGCUGUUCCCUGUGGAACCCAGCUCUCCAGUUUCUCUUCAGCUAGCACUUCCUCUGCACCCAUGAUUUUGUCCUCUCUCUACCCCAGUUUCAAAUUAAAGUACCUUUCCUGUUCCAUGUUCUGCCCUUUCUAGAGGGUUGGGAGCUGUUCUGUCAGAGAGAAUUUUAAGAGCAGUUCCCUUGUUUAAUUGGCACUACAAUAAACAUAUGUUUCCGUCAUGUUUUUGUAGUAUUC